UUUAAAAAAAAAAAAAUUUUUUUUUUUCGUAUACCUUAAACUAGUUUCAAGUUUUUUUUUUGUUUUAAUUUUUUUAUUUUUCGUAUUUUUUCGUUAAGAAAUGUAUUUUGUAUAAUUUUUAAAAUAUAUUAAAAACAAAAAAUUAAAUUAAUUAAAAUGAAAUAUUAUAAAACAAAAUUAAAUUUAAACCACAGUGUGCCUAUAUUUUUAAUAAAUUUGAUAUUCGUGAUUACAGCAAAUAAAUAUACUUAUGGAACAAAUGUUGAACCGAAAGAAGCAUAUUUUAAUGGAUCAGCGUAUAUUCGAUUACAGACUCCAAUGCCAGUAUGGAGUCAUUCAGCGAUUAGUUUUCGAACAUGUAGAGGAGGAGAAAUCUUUACACAACAAUAUAAUAAACACUCUUUAUCGAUGAGUGUUCAUAAUAAUUAUAUUAGCGUAAUUUUAUCAGUUCCGCCAAGUUCAAAAUACGAAGCAAGAGUUGAUACACAAUUGCUGGACAAUAAAUGGCAUAAUGUGGAAUUUCUUUAUCAAUAUGGAAAUUUAUAUUUAAUUAUUGAUAGAGAAAGUACAAUUAUAGCUAAUUCAACUUUUAAUACCCCAUUUUUAACAAACGAAGAAGUACGAAAUGAAGCGGCUAUAUUAAUUUUAGGACAAACCUAUCAAGGUUGUUUAUUACAUGGACCGGGGCUAUUAUUUAAUACAAGUGCAAUGCAUGCCCAAAAUGUUUUAUUUACAUCAUGUCCGUUAGCACCAGGUGAAUGCGGUGAUCAUGAUAUAUUAAUUGAAAAUACAAUUGAUUAUUGUGCAAAUGAACCAUGUUUUCAACAUGGUGAAUGUUUUUCAAGACAAGAUCGUUAUGAAUGUCAUUGUUAUCCAAGAUUUUCUGGUAAAAAUUGUCAAAUUGAUAUGGGUGAUCCAUGCUUAUCAUAUCCAUGUAAAAAUAGCGGUUCAUGUAUUGAAGAUAAACAUGGUAAUUAUCAAUGUCAAUGUCAACCAAAUUUUACUGGUGAAUAUUGUGAAAUUGAAAUGAAUCCUCAUGGAGCUUGUGAUAAUUAUUAUUGUCAAAAUAAUGGUACAUGUAGAAUAUUACCAACUGGGAAAGCUGAAUGUUAUUGUUUAAAAGGUUUCACGGGUUCACAUUGUGAAACAAAUAUUAAUGAUUGUGAAUCGAAACCAUGUUUUAAUAAUGGUAUUUGUAUUGAUCAAAUAAAUGGUUAUAAAUGUAAUUGCACAAACACUGGAUUCCAUGGAAAUCAUUGUGAAUAUGAUGAAGAUGAAUGUAUUGGAAAAAAUCCAUGUAAAAAUGGUGGAAUUUGUUAUAAUAAUUAUGGAUCAUACACAUGUAUAUGUCCAUCUGGUUAUGGUGGUGUUAAUUGUGAUCAGGUGAUAAAUCAAUGUAAAUUUGAACCAUGUAAAAAUAAUGGUGCAUGUCAAUCAACAAAUGGUGAAUUGAAAUGUCUUUGCCCAUCUGGUUAUACUGGAAAAUUUUGUGAAGUAGGACCAGCAUGUCCACAAUGUCCACCAGAUGCAGAUUGUAUUGGUGGAAAAUGUAUUUGUAAACCGGGAACUACUGGAAGUCACUGUGAAACAUUAUCAUCUGCAAUGGCUGAUAUACCACCACGAAGUGGCGGAUGUGUUUGUAUGAAUGGUGGUACAUGCUCACCAAAUGGAACUCAUUGUUAUUGCCCUUCUGGAUUUGAGGGUGCAAGAUGUGAACGUCUUGAACCAUGCAGUCCAAAUAAUUGUCGUGAACCAAUGACAUGUUCAAAUGGAAAAUGUAUUUGUUUACAAGGUAGAAAUUGUCUACCAUGUAAAAGUAAUCCAUGUUUAAAUGGUGGCAAUUGUAAAACAAAUGGUUUAAGUUAUGAAUGUAUUUGUCCAGAAGGAUGGAAUGGUACAAAUUGUGAAAUUGAUAUCGACGAAUGUGCUGAUAAAACGGUGUGCGGUAAUGGAAUUUGUGUUAAUCAAAUGGGUACAUUUAAAUGCUAUUGUGAACCGGGUUUUACUGGACUGAGAUGUGAUUCAGAUGUUGAUGAAUGUUUAAGUCAACCUUGUAAAAAUGGUGCAACAUGUAUGAAUAGAAUAUUUUUUUACAAAAUCGGAAAGCAUAGAAAAAUUUUAAAGGAAGUUAAUGAUUUUGAGUGUGUAUGUCCACCUGGCUUUGAAGGAAAAGAUUGUGGUGUUGAUAUAGAUGAAUGUAAAAGUAAUCCUUGUUCAAAAGGAUCAACUUGUCAUAAUGUUGUUGGAAAUUUCUCAUGUACAUGCAUACCAGGUAUGACAGGAAGAUUUUGUGAAACAGAUAUUGAUGAUUGUGAAUCAUCACCAUGCCAAAAUAAUGGUCGUUGCGUUGAUCAAUUAGAUGGUUUUAUAUGUGAUUGUACAGCAACCGGUUAUAAUGGGACACUUUGUGAACAUAAUAUCAAUGAAUGCCUAUCUAAUCCAUGCUUAAAUGGUGCAACAUGUAUAGAUAAAGUUAAUGAUUAUCAAUGUAAUUGUUAUAGCGGUUAUACUGGUAAAAAUUGUCAAAUUGAUAUAAAUGAGUGUGAGAGUAGUCCUUGUAAACAUAAUGGAACAUGUCUCGAAAGAUCAAAUUUAACACUAUAUGAUAUGGCUGAUAAAAGUAAUCUCCCAAGUAUAUUUAGUGACGAGUUUUCUUAUGAAAAUGCGAGCGGUUAUGAGUGUAUAUGUGUCACUGGUAUAAUGGGACAGAACUGUGAAAUUAAUAUUAAUGAAUGUGAAAGUAAUCCUUGUACUAAAUAUGGUACAUGUGUUGAUAGUAUUGGAAACUAUACAUGUGAAUGUGAACCAGGUUAUGAUGGUCUUCAUUGUGAAACAGAUAUAAACGAAUGCGAUAGGUAUAAACCUUGUCUGAAGGGUACAUGUGUUGAUCAUAUCAAUGAUUAUUUUUGUGAUUGCGAUGAUAUGUUUGGUGGUAAAAAUUGUUCAGUACCAUUAACUGGUUGCGAUAAUUCACCAUGCAUGAAUGGUGGCUCAUGUAAACCAUAUUUAAAAGAAGAAGAAAUUCAUGCAUACAAUUGUUCAUGUCCACAUGGUUUUCAAGGUGAAACAUGUGAAAAAAUUACAACAAUGUCAUUAGUAAAAAAUAGUUUAAUUACUGUGAAUACAUCACGAGAUGAAGGAUAUGAUAUAACAUUAGAAUUUAAAACAACAUUACCGAAUGGAAUUUUAGCGUUUGGUAAAGCGGCUCAUCAUAGUUAUAUUUUAGAAUUAGUUGAAGGAAGAUUAAAUUUACAUUCACCGUUGUUAAAUAAAUGGGAAGGUGUAUUUAUUGGUUCCGGAUUAAAUGAUAGUAAAUGGCAAAAAGUUUUCGUUCAAAUUAAUUCAUCUCACUUGGUGUUGUCAGCAAAUCAAGAACAAACAAUUUAUCCAAUAAUUUCAUACGAAAGUAAAACACCAACAUUUCCCGUUACAUAUUUAGGAGGAACAAUACCAAAUUUAAGCUCAUAUCUACGACAUUUAACACAUCAUCCAACUAGUUUUGUUGGUUGUAUGCAAGACGUAAUAAUAAAUGGCAAAUGGAUUUUCCCCAAAGAACAUAUUAACGAAACAUAUUUGACAAAUAUUAAUAGUGGAUGCCCAAGAACUGAACAAUGUAAACCAAAUCCAUGCUAUUCUAAUGGACAAUGCAAGGAUUUAUGGUAUAAGUUUGAAUGUACUUGUCAAAGACCACAUUUAGGUCAUACAUGCAAAUAUAACUUUACUGCUGCCACAUUUGGACAUGAAAAUACAACAAGAUCGGUUGUUACAGUACAAGCUACUGAAAACUCUAGGAAAGCAAUUAAGUCUAUUUUGGAUAUAUCAAUGUUUAUUAAAACAAGACAAGCAUAUGGAGAAAUUUUCUAUCUUGGAAGUGAACCAUCAAAAACUACAUUUGGAAAUGAUUAUGGAAACUCAUUUGUAUCAGCCAAACUUUUACAUGGAGAACUUCUUGUAAAAAUGCAAUUUAAUGGUACACCCACUCCCGAAUCAUAUACAGUUGGUGGAAGUGUCUUAGACAAUGGUUACAAUCAUUUGAUUCAAGUUAUCAGAAAUCAAACUUUGGUACAAGUGAAAAUUAAUGGAACUGAAUAUUUUAGAAAAACAUUGUCUUCAACUGGAUCAUUAGAUGCCCAAAUGCUCUAUUUAGGUGGACCACCACCGAGAAUUGAUGAAUCUGAGUUAGGAAAAGAAGAGAAAGAAGACAGUAAAGAUUAUUUCAAAGGUAUUAUACAAGAUGUCGAAAUAAGCAAUGGGUCUUAUGAAAUGGCAGUUCAAAUAUUCCCACUCGACGAAGAUAAAGACAACUUAGAUGUUCCACCACCAUUCGGUUUAGUUUCAUUCAAUGAAAGCUCAAUUUUAAAAGGUGAAGUUUCUGAUGAUCUUUGUCGAACUAUGCCAUGUCAACAUAAUGCAAAUUGUCGCAAUACUUGGAACGAUUUUGAAUGUGAUUGCCCUAAGGGAUAUAAAGGAAAAUCAUGUCAAGACAUACAAUUUUGUGAAAUCAGUAAUUGUCCUGGAAAUUCAACAUGUAAAAAUUUGGAUUCUGGUUUUGAGUGCAUAACAAAUACAACUUUUCAAGGAAAUGAAAGAAAUCCACUGUCAUAUGCAUUCUUUGCGAAAGAUUAUGGAAAUGGAAAUGAAGUUGAUGAAGAAGUGAUAAGGCCAAUAAUUGAUAUAGCAUACAGAACAAAAACUGGUGGCACAUUAUUUUAUGUUCAAGAUGGUGAACGAUAUUUCCAAGUUGCAGUGUAUAAAGAGCAAGUUACUGUACAAUGGAGAUUAUCUCUUGAUUUGCCAGAAGUUAAAAGAUUCAAAUCAGAUAAUUCAUAUAUGGGUUGGAAUAGAAUAUUUAUUCGAUCACAAGAUGGAACAUUAGAAGGCGGUUGGAAAGGUUGGGAGCUUGAGGAACCAUCUCCAGCUUUUAGAGCCAAAGUCGAUCAAAGUGGUCUGAAAGAACUAUUUUCCGGAAAGCAUUUAAUUUAUUUGGGCGGAGUACCACCACAACAAGAAAAUACUGUACAAAAGGAAACUGAAAUUGGCGCAAUUUUUAAAGGUUGUCUCGGAGAAGCUAGAGUUGGAAAUUUCCUUUUACCGUACUUUGAAUAUUAUGAAAUUUAUAAAGACAAUAAUGUACAACCAAGAGAUCACUUUAGACUAAAUUCAACAAAGCCUCAUGAAGGAUGCAUUUUAUGCUUCCAAAAUGAUUGUAAAAAUAAUGGUUACUGUAUGAAUCCCUCUGAACAAUACGCUUGUACAUGUAUGGCUGGUUACGAGGGUGAAGAUUGCUCGCAAAAUAUUAAUGAAUGUUUAAAUGCUGAGUGUCAAAAUAAUUCAACUUGUAUCGACGGCAUUGCUGAAUACACUUGUGCUUGCAUGCCUGGUUAUGAAGGAGAUCGUUGUGAGCAUGAAAUCGACGAAUGUGCAUCCAUGCCAUGUCACAAUGGCGGUACGUGUACAGAUAUGAUAGCAGAGUUUCAUUGCCAAUGUCCAGAAGAGUAUGCUGGUCCACAAUGUGAUGUAUUAAAAUUAGUGACAUGCGAAAAUAACCCAUGUAAAAAUGGUUCGACUUGCAUUGACGGAUUCAAUGCUACUACUGGAAAUAAUUUUACAUGUGAAUGCACACCAGGAAUGAUUGGAUUUUUAUGUGAUACAGCGUUUUGCACGGUUGAGCCAUGCAAAAAUGGCGGCUUUUGCUUAUUUAGCGAAGUUUCUCAACCACCAAUUUGUCAAUGCAGUAUUGGAUAUGAAGGAAAAUUUUGUGAAACAGAUAUAGAUGAAUGUGCUUCUCAACCAUGUCAAAAUGGAGGUUAUUGUGAAAAUCUUAUUGGAAAAUUUGAAUGCCAUUGCAAUGGCACUGGUUUUGAAGGACCAGUAUGUGAAACAGAUAUUGAUGAAUGUAUGACUAGAUCUAUAGACUGUGGCGGUAAAGGUAUAUGUAUUAAUACUAGAGGUUCAUAUAAAUGUCAAUGUGAAAGAGGCCUUUGUGGAUCACAAUGUAGCUUUAAAGAUUUAUGUAUUUUGGAAUCAAAUAUUUGCUCAAAUAAUGGUAUCUGCGUUGAGGAUUGCAAAGAUUAUCCAGAUUUUUAUUGUAAUUGUAGUGAAGGUUUUACAGGAAAAAAUUGUUCUGAACCGGUUGUUUUAGAACAAGAAGGACCUUCAACAGCAGAUGUUGCAUUAAUAGUUGUUCCAAUUGUUGUUAUAUUAUUAAUUGCUGGAAUUGCUUUAUUAAGUGCCUUUAUAGUUAUGGCACGUAACAAACGUGCUACAAGAGGGACAUAUAGUCCAAGUGCUCAGGAAUAUUGUAAUCCUAGAUUAGAAAUGGAUAAUGUACUUAAACCACCACCAGAAGAACGAUUAAUAUGAUAAACUUAUGACUUAAUAAAUUUUUUUUUUUUAGUAGUAAUUUAGUAUUUUAUACUUAAGUUAAAUUAAUAAGUUAUAAUUUAAUAUAAAACAAAAAAAUGUAAUAAAAACAAUAUUAUUAAAAAAAAAAUAAAAACUUACCUAACUCAAAAUUAAUAUACAUAUAAAGAAAAAUUACAUUCCAUUAAAAGUAUAUGUAUUUAUUUUACUCAAAACUUAUGUUAACUAGGAUGUAAUUAUUAGUUUAUUAUUAUUCCAUUAAUUUUUAGUUUAUUUAUUUUAUACUUUUUUUUUUAUAAUUUUACCUCUUAUCAGCUAACUUUUAUAUAGAUUUCAAAUUUAGAUAUUAAAUCAUUUUUCAAAAUGGAAAUAAGAAAAUAUUUGAAAAAAUUGUUUUCUUUAAGUUUCAGUUUUGAACUACAUAUAAUAUAAUAAACUUAAAGCUAU